UUUCCAUUUAAAGUUUAAGACCUCCAGCUUCUCAGCUACCCAAUCCCACCAAAUCAUGGAAGAGAUUUUGUCAUUAAUCCUCCAAGGCUGCAAGUUAACAAGAGACCUAGAAUCAAACUUCCCAAUCUUGACAAACAAUCCAAUUUUACUUUCUAGCUCAUGUGAAGAUAUCUUAAGUGUCUUUACUAGAGCUUCUGAUCGAUUAAAAGCUCUAACACCGCAACCUCCACCUCCACCGGAGCUUGAGGCAGCUGUUCAGGAAUGGUUGAGGUCUAGUUACACGCCGUCCAUGACAAUGGCCGUUAACCCUUUUCAGGCCCAGCUCUUCUCAGAUAAAAACCCGUUUGAUGUGAGGUUUUUGACCACCAGGGAUGCAGAGGGUUCUUCUUCUAUGAAGUCGAGAGGUGGAGCAGAGGCUUCUGAUGCCGGAAAAAGCCCUGUGACCCAACAACGGUCACGAAAGAGGAAGGAAGGUGUGGAGAGGCAGACGGUAAAGGCAGCAGCUCCUCGUACAGGGAAUACAGAGAUCCCACCGGACGACGGCUUCACAUGGAGAAAGUAUGGUCAGAAAGAAAUUCUCGGGUCAAAAUUUCCUAGGAGCUACUAUAGGUGCACCCACAAGAGCUUCUACGGUUGCAAUGCCAAGAAGCAAGUCCAGCGACUAGAUGACGAUCCAGACACUUUUGAAGUAACCUACUGCGGCCACCACACUUGUCUCAUGUCCUCCACUGCACCAUCUGUGCUACCACCGUCGGCGGUGGUCCCCACUACCCAGCAGGAACCGAUUGAAGUAGAGCCAACACAAUCCUCGGUUCGCGAAAGAAGAUGGCAAUCCCUAGAAUUUGAACCUAACACCCCUACAGACCUACGUUUGCGAAUGUCCGGCAACUUCAACGUUGUUGGUGGUUCAAGCAGCAGCGACGUGGCUGCCAAUGAAGGACAGGGCCCCUCACAUUCACAGGUGGGUGACGGUAAAGAAGCCGAGUGGCCUGUGGUGGAUCUCGCUGAUGCCAUGUUUAAUUCUGGAAGCAGUAGUAGCAGCAUGGAUGCUAUCUUCUCUUUCAUGCAAGACAAGUAGAUUAUCUGACGAGAGAUAACAUGAAUAGUUUGGUUCACAUAGGAUUAUUCUUUCUUUGAUGCAGCCAACCACGUAAACUAAACCAUCAAUUCAUUAGA